GUUCAGACACUGGAACGUGUUUCGUGUUGACGUGGCCAAAUAUCCCUCGUUUGUGAACGUCUUUCCGAAGUUUUAACACUCGUUUGAGAGGGAGAUUGAAACAACUGUCUAUAAAAACCAUACCCAUCAUGGCAGACAGUGAAGAUGAAGAAGCUUUUCACAGUGCGGGAGAAGAAGAAGUCACUCCCCCAUCACAGAAAUCUGAAGAAAAACCAUCCAAAUCAGGACAACCAUCAUCGACUUCCUCAGGUGGUGCAUCUGGCAAGAAAGAGGUCCAAAAUGUAGGGAAACCAAAUUCGAAGAAAGCCAAAGGGAAGAAGGGAAAGAAAAAGAAAGCAUCAAUGAAUGACAAAGGAGACAACUCUGAAGAGAUGAAAGGAGAAGCCACAAUGUCUGAGAAAGAUGCCGCAGUUUCCUCAGAGACAGAUCAACAAGACACCAAGCAGCAGCCACAUUCCGAAACACAGUUGGAAGAGCAAAAUCAACCCGAUGCAGAUGUUGAAACUGCGGAAGGCGUCAAGAGUGAACUUAAGUCUGAUAAGAAAGAAGAACGAACCUCUGCUGUUGAAGACACACCACCAGAAAGUUCUAAGAAAGAAAACUUAAAAGAGCAAGAUGACUCAUCUCCGAAAAAGGAAGACAGUCAACCUGAGAGUGAACUCGCAGAAGAAGGUGGAGAUGCAAAAGCAAAAACAGACUCUCAGGUCCCUGAAGAGGAGGAACAAAAGCCACACGUCAAGGAAGAUGCUGAACAAUUGUUAGAAACGGGAAGCGAGAUAAACCGGGAUGCUCAGGGUGCAUCUCCAGAACCAAGUCAAGAUGAUGAUGAGAACAAGACGUUGGAAACAGAUGAAAGGACAGGUGAGAGUGCAUCCGCCUCGUCCAAACAGACUGAUGCUGCUGAAGAUGCUGAGGCAGGAGGAGGGAGGAGUAUCAUGGGAGCCCUUAGCAAACUGACGGGGGAGAAACCUGCAGAGAAGAAAGCCAGCGGGGGCGGCUGGGGGUGGGGAGGAUGGGGUGCCUCACUGGUCUCAUCAGUGUCUGCAGUAGGUCAUGGUUUGAGCUCAGUCAUCGAGAAUGUCGAAACCUCCCUGGGGCUGCCAAAACCAGAGGAGCUCACGGAGCAAGAAAAGAGGCAGCAGGAAUUCAUCGUAACCCUGGAUGAGCGAGGAGAAGGGAAGGAGGGCAAGGAAGAGGAUGGAGACAAAGAUGAGGACAAGGAUGAGGAGACAAAGGAUCCAGGGGAGGGAGAAGAGAUGGAGAGGGAUGGAGGCAAAGAGGGUGAAGAGGAAGGCGAUGAGAAACAAGAUCAAUCCACCCCAGAGGACCAACCCUCGGUCCCGUCCAGCAUGAAGGGAUUCCUGUCCCUCGGAGCCUCGGCCAUCACCAGCGUUGUUGGCAAGACGGUCACUGGAGGCCUGGAUGCCCUGGAGACCAUCGGACGUAAGACGAUGGAUGUCUUACAGGAGGGAGAACACAGACUGGAGGGCAGGCGGAGUGGGCAGAAGGGAAACCUGUCUGAGAUGUUGAGGGAUGCCAAGGAGGAGGCGGAGACUGCUGCCGUGUUGGAGGAGGAGGAAAGGGAAAGACAGAGGGCGCACUUCGGGAUCCUGUUUGAUAAGUACCAGGGUCUUGCACACCUAGAAGCCCUGGAAAUGAUCAGCAACCAGAGCGAGAGCAAAGUUCAGGGGUCACUGAGCACGCUCAGUGGGGAGGACCUUCAGAGUCUCAAGACGGAGCUGAUUGAAAUCAGGGAUGCAUUUCAGCUGGAGGAUUUGGAAUCAGAAGAGCAACCUGAAGGAAGCGAGCAGGAUUUUGUGAAUGCGAUCACGGAGCAUCUGUUUGGCGUGAGCGUAGCUUCAACUCCUGAUAAACUGCAAAGGGUUCAAAGGAGUGUUCAUGAAUGGUUGGCUGAGUGCAAAUCACAGCAAGAAGCCGCGCAGAAACAAGACACCAAGGAGCUGCACAUCAAGGCCAUCGAGACCCUUGCCGAGUUCUCCUCGAGAGUGAUAGAGCAGUUCCACAAGGCUUGUGAGUUGAUGCUCCUGCCACAGGACAGAGAACACACCAAGAAUGCUGUGCAGCGAGCUACCAGCCUCUCCAAACUGACAAGUGUCCUGGCCACAGAGGUCAGCAACCAAGCCUCCAAGUUUGCCGACUGCCUGAACCGUGAGGCAGCCAAUCAGGAAGAAGGGGCGGAGACGGCCGACGUCAACCCCCUCAUCACCAACAUCUACUUAGAGGCCUCAAACAGCACAUCCUACAUUCAAGACGCAUUUCAGCUGGUACUGCCUGUACUGCAGAUGGUCGCCAUAGAGAGGAAAAGAGAUGCGACGACCGAAACAUCAUGAAACAGAUCAGAUGGAUCACUCAACCCCUACAGUUUCAUCAAGUAAGCUUAGGGCCUUCCCUAAAUGUCCAAACUGAUAAGAAUAGAAUUUAUUUUUGUUGUUUUGUUUUCAGUGUUUAUUCUCAAAGUUUCACAGAGAUAAGAAUUGGUAAUGAAAAGAAAGGUUCCUUGAAUGUGCAACUGCAUUUUAGCUUGGAAGCCUUUGGAAAUUUAAAAAGAGAAGACAAUGAAGAAAUGGUCAGUUUUGUCCAGAAUGGUAUUCCAGGGAAUCAGGCAGGGACUGAAAAAAUCCAGUCCUUGGAUGGCCUGAUUGGAAUUGAGGUCACAAAAGUCCGGGGGGGGGGGGGGGGGGAGAGAAGUACAGCGCUGGCCGGAAUGAGUGACGAGGAGUUCUUAGAUAUGUUGGGUUUUUGGUCAUAACUUUUUAAAGCCACCUAUGACAACAUUGGCCAAAUUUCAACCGUUAAGCAGAAGCUACUGCAAGGAAGUUAGGGUUAAAAAGCGUCAUCUUCUGUCAGCUACGAACAAAUCCCCCAUAAAUAUUCAUCACAUAACAGUUCAGUUAUCAAGCUGUAAUGGUUUUACAAAACCUUUCUGCACUCAGCAGUUUUCAGAGCUUCAGCAGCCUCAUAAAAUUGGCCCAGGAUUUGCAUGAUAAAUACAGUGUGGUAGUCAAGGGCGGAUCCAGAACACAAUUUUUUUGGGGGGGGGGUUCAAAAUUUUUGGAUUCUAGAUGCUCUGUGGUGUGAUCUGAGGCAAUUUCUGUCCACUAUAACCAUUUUUUUUAAGGAAAUGGUUGUUGUGUACACAGUGCCUACCUUUAUUGCGACAUCACUCAAAAAAAAAAAAAAUGGGUUCGUUUUUUUUUGGGGGGGGGCCAUGACCCCCAUUACCCCCCCCCCCCCCUCCCCGGAUCCGCCCUUGGUAGUAAUCUAUGCCUAUUACACACCUAUCAUUUGUUUACACACAAUUGCACACAAUUGUACACAAAGGCUUUGGGUCAAAAUCAAGUCUUUUGGGUAUUCACUAUACAGGCUGUUGUACAGCUGAAACAUUAAAACAUAUAUUUAUUUUUUCAGUUUAACCAUCAAAACGGAAAAAAAGUAAUCAAUUACUAUUUAAUCUUUAUUUAAUCUAAUUAAAUUUAGGUAGAAUUACUGUUCAAAUUGUAAAGAAUAAGUUACAUGUAACUAUCGAUACUUUUAUAACUAUUUUAACAAAGAUGUUUCAGAAUCAAGAGAAAGUCUAAUUUAAAUGUUAGUAAGAAAAUACCGAAAGCCUAGUUUUAUAUAUAUUUUAUUUUGGGGGUUACUGAAGUUUUAGUUGCCUGUUGUUUCAUUCUCUUUCUCUACCUAUCCUACUUUGUUUCUUAAGCUUGCAAGUUUAUUUUAGAAAAAAUCAUUACCCAUUCAGAAAUUUCUUUUGCCAUCUUUAUUCUGGGAAUUUUUCUCUCUUUUUUCUUUUUGCCUUUUCUGUUUUAAGUUUGCCCUGUUUCUACAUUGUAUUUACAAAAUUCAAUAUCAGUAUUUUGUUAUGUGCAGCACAUUGCACAAGGCUAAAGUGAAUAAAAGAUAUGAAGCAUGGUUAUUCCUA